AUGGUAUCAACAGCUCGUCUAGGAGAUUAUGUGCUCGGUAAAAAAAUUGGAUCAGGUAACUUCUCCACAGUAAGACAAGCGACGGAUGAAAAAGGACGCAAAUGGGCGAUUAAGAUAAUUGACAAAACCCGUCUUAAAAAAGAAAAUAUGGAAGAUCAAAUGAGACGUGAGGUCGCUAUCAUGCGCUCACUAAGACAUGAUAAUGUGAUUGAACUCCAUGAUGUAUUAGAGUCCAAAAAUCACUAUUACCUUGUACUAGAGUUUGUCCCUGGAGGUGAACUCUUCGAUAAAAUUGUUGCGGCCAAACGUUUUGAUGAAUCUACAGCUAGACAGUAUUUCCAUCAACUUAUUGCUGGAAUUCACUAUUGCCACAGUAAGGGAUUUGCCCAUCGUGAUUUAAAACCUGAGAAUUUAUUGUUGGAUUCUAAUGGUACAUUGAAGAUAUCUGAUUUUGGACUGAGUAAUCGACAGCAAGAUUAUCUUCUGCAGACGGUGUGUGGGACCCCUAAUUAUGUGGCACCGGAAGUUCUAAUGGAACGAGGUUACAACGGUCUCUCUGCGGAUAUUUGGAGUUGUGGUGUGGUACUAUACGUAAUGCUUGCGGGACGACUUCCAUUUGAAGAUCGUAAUAUGAAUGCCUUACUUGGGAAGAUUGAGCGUGGUGAAUAUCAUAAGAUUAGGCACGUUUCAGAAGCAGCAAGCAACUUGAUUGAUCGUAUGUUAACAGUGGACCCUAAAAAACGCAUUGCCGUAGAAGGUAUUAUUGCCCAUCCGUGGUUUGCUGUGGGGUGGGACCCUAAACGUUUGGGUGACAUUGCGUAA